AUGAAGUUCUUGCCGAAACUGGAGCGCAAGUUCCGCCGGCUGAAGAAGAAGGUGACCAGAACACCAUUGGUUAGGAAACUGGAUUUAGUUCACGAGAGUGCCCGUAAAAAGGCCUUUCAGGAAAGUUGUGAAACCUACAAAAAUCACAUGGAGAAUGAGUACGAGCUGCGGACUAAACAGCCAAAGCUAUCCCGCAGCAACAAGGAGGCAUUCCUCAGCGAUGGAAGUUUCCACCAGGCAGUGGGCAGAGUUCUCCUCGUGGCCGAAUUCUUUGCCAUGAUGCCGGUCAAGGGAGUGACGGGCAAACAUCCUUCAAACCUGAGCUUCUCCUGGCGAAACAUUCGCACCGGUUUCUGUCUGGCCUUCAUCGCAUCAAGCAUAGCCAACUUUGGACUAUCGUUGUUUAAGGUUUUGAACAAUCCAAUCAGUUUCAACAGUAUUAAGCCCAUUAUAUUCCGUGGAUCUGUGCUUCUCGUAUUGAUAGUGGCUCUCAAGUUGGCGCGGCAGUGGCCCCAGUUGAUGAUGUAUUGGCACACGGUGGAGAAGGAUCUGCCGCAGUAUAAAACGCAGUUGGGCAAGUGGAAGAUGGGCCACACCAUAUCGAUGGUCAUGCUGGUGGGAAUGAUGCUGUCCUUUGCGGAGCACAUUUUGAGUAUGGUAUCGGCCAUAAACUAUGCUUCAUUCUGUAACCGCACCGCUGAUCCCAUCCAGAAUUAUUUCCUGCGCACCAACGAUGAGAUCUUUUUUGUGGCCAGCUACUCCACUCCUUUGGCCUUGUGGGGCAAGUUCCAGAAUGUCUACUCCACCUUCAUUUGGAACUACAUGGACAUGUUUGUGAUGAUUGUCAGCAUUGGUUUGGCCUCCAAGUUUCGCCAGCUCAACGAUGAUUUGCGAAAUUUCAAAGGAAUGAACAUGGCACCUGCUUACUGGUCAGAACGUAGAAUUCAAUAUAGGAAUAUAUGUAUUCUAUGCGACAAAAUGGAUGAUGCUAUAUCCCUUAUAACAAUGGUGUCGUUCUCAAACAAUUUAUAUUUUAUAUGCGUCCAAUUGCUGAGAAGUUUAAACACCAUGCCUUCGGUGGCCCAUGCUGUGUACUUUUACUUCUCGCUCAUCUUCCUGAUUGGUCGCACUUUGGCGGUUUCACUGUACUCCGCCAGUGUGCAUGACGAAUCCAGGUUAACCUUGAGAUAUCUGCGCUGUGUGCCCAAGGAGUCCUGGUGUCCAGAGGUAAAACGAUUUACGGAGGAGGUAAUCAGCGAUGAGGUGGCGCUCAGUGGAAUGAAGUUUUUCCACCUCACAAGGAAGCUGGUGUUGAGUGUUGCCGGCACCAUUGUCACCUACGAACUCGUUCUCAUUCAAUUUCACGAGGACAACGACCUGUGGGACUGCGACCAGAGCUACUACUCAUAG